GUGUAUCCGAAAUAUUCCUAGUUACUUAACUAUUUAUCCAUUGGCUCGCCCGCUACGCCUUUGUUAGAGAUAUCAGCUAUCCACCACAUGUACAAGCCCUAGCUCCAGAAACCCUAAAACGAUUAACCAUGUCGCACUUCGGAAGAGCAGGUCCGCCGGAUAUCAGAGAUACCUAUUCACUCCUCGUCCUCAACAUCACCUUUCGUACAACUGCCGAUGAUUUGUUCCCUCUUUUUGAUAAGUAUGGAAAGGUUGUUGAUGUUUUCAUCCCUAGAGAUCGCAGGACUGGGGAUUCUCGGGGCUUUGCCUUUGUUCGAUAUAAGUAUGCAGAUGAAGCCCAGAAGGCAGUGGACAAGCUUGAUGGAAGAGUUGUUGAUGGUAGAGAGAUAAUGGUUCAAUUUGCCAAGUAUGGACCUGAUGCUGAAAGAAUUCAUAAGGGAAGAAUACUUGAACCAGCUGAGAAGCUGAAGGGAAGAUCAAGGAGCCGAAGUCCAAGACCAAGUUCAAGGCAUAGAGAUGACUACAAGGACAGAAGAAGAAACCGUAGUAGAAGCAGAGACAGAUCUGAACACGAGAGGCAUCGAGGAAGGGAUCGAUACAGAAGCAGAAGUCGAAGCAGAAGCAGAAGCCCUGAAUAUCGCAAAGAACGCAGUAGAAGAGGAAGAUAUGAAGAUGAAAAGGGUAGAAGCAGAAGUCGAUCUCCUAUCAGAAGUGCUUCCCCUGCCCGAUCACCUGCCCGAAAUAGUGUGAGCCCUCGAAGGAGUAGGAGUGCAUCUCCAAGAAGAACACCUUCAAGGAGCAGAAGUCCAGCCAGGCGUGUUGAGAAAGAUCGGUCACCUACUCCAAAAAGUGUUUCCCCUCGUGGGAAACCUGACUCUAGAAGCCCAUCACCACAGCGUUCUGAUGCUGAUGAAUGAGAAUUGGAGAUGCAUGUAUGGACAUGAAAUCAAGAGCAGUGUUCUGUUUUGUGAAAACUCAUUUCCUGAUGCUUAAUUUGAAGGAUAGAGUAUGUGUUGCUGUUGGUGUUGAUGUUGGUGAGAACUGGUGCAGCAGUGGUUAUGAUGUUUGGUUUGCAGUGGGGAAAGGGGAUGAUGGUUGAAGUUGAUAUUGCUGCUAUGCUGUUGACACGUCAUGCUUGCUGAACAAAAAAUCCUAAAAAUUUUAAGUAGUUGAGGUCGAUGAUUAAGCUGUCAAGUGAUAGGCACGUGUUGUUGCUGUGUUGCACAUGCACCAGUUCUUGUAGAUGCUGGUGAAUUAAGAUAUUGAAGCUAUUCAGACGGUUGGUGAUAAACCAAGGAUCAUGGCAACGUUUAUUUUUUAGACUAAACCUCAGUGGUUUCCAGAAAUUUGAGAUAUAGUUUCUUAGUUCAAAAAACCUUAUAGAUAGUCCCUAGGUGUAAAUAAUGACAACUAUGUAAUGUUUUUCUAUUAUAUUGAAGCCAGUACUACGAAUACAAAGACUCCAAUUUAUACAAGGUUUACAACUGAAAAUCCUAAAUAUAUGGUUGUACACUAGGUCUACAAUUUGACUUUGACUGAUAAACAAUCUUCUAAAUAUAGUGCACUCUAACCACAUGUGUAUCGUUUGAUGUUACCGUUAUUACCCCCAACGAACUUAAAGCUUGUGACGAAUGGAAUUGAAGUGAUACUUAGGAGGAGCCUUGGUAAAUAUGUCUGCCAGCUGUCUUCUGAGGAUACAUUUGAUAUGAUUAGUUCCUUAGCUUCAACUUGUUUGCGAAUGAAAAGUAAGUCUAGAGCUAUGUGUUUUGACCUGGUGCUUAUGACGAGAUUUUUGGUUAUGAAGAUUUCUCCUACAUUAUCAC